UCCUCCGUUUUAUGUGGCAGUCCGGCUCCCCUGCCUCCUCCACGCUCUCACUCGCGCUGUCUCUCUCGCAGCCACAUCUCUUCAUUACCCCGUCUGCUUCGCCCCCUCCCCUUUUCCGCCUUCCUCGUUAUCCCCCUUGAUUUCUCCUCCUCAUAUUCUUUUCCACUCUUCAUAUUCGACAUGCGCUUCACGUGAAGUCCAUCUACCAACUUGCGGAGUCGGUGGAUGUCGAGUAAACAAAAGCAGGCAAAUGCUCUGACGGGGAAUUAAAGAAAAGAAAACACGCACGUUCGCAUCUUUCGUUGAGUGCCUUGGCUUGAACGGAGCAACAGUAUGGAUCUCUCAUUCAUGGCUGCACAGAUCCCUGUAAUGACAGGAGCCUUCAUGGACUCCUCGCCCAAUGAUGACUACAGCGGCGAGCACUCGCUCUUUAACUCCUCGGCCAGCGUCCAUGCCGCUGCCUCAGCCGCCUCGGUACAAGGCCAGCAGGAUGAGCCGCAGUCCAUGUCCAGUGAUGCCAUCUGGCUCUGGAUUGCCAUCAUCGCCACUAUUGGAAACAUUGUGGUGGUGGGCGUUGUCUAUGCCUGCACUUUCUGAUGAACACAUGCUGACAAAGACAACCCGCACACUCACACAUCCUGCUUUUUCUCAGUCUCCGGAACCCCGAAGGAAGCUUUGUAGACAAUCUCUCGCUCUCUGUGUCUCUCGCUGUCUUUCUUUUUAUCCCUCACACUUUUUGGCAGGGAAGGGGAGGGACGGACCUGAGGGUGUAAAAGUAGCGAUACUUGACAGUGACAUAUACACUGCUAUACUUCUUCGUUGAGGGGAAAGACUGAAAUUUGGCAGCAUUUAUCAACAACAAGCACUUUUGAAUGCUACAGCUUGAGAACUUGAGAAUAAGGUUAUGUGCACAGCAACUCUUUAGUUAAAAACAGAAAGAAAUCUUUGCUCUCAACCAUUAAUCAAAAGGAUUUUUUUUAAGCUUAAGUUUGUUUUUGUGUUUCUCCUCAUACGACACUCACUUAUUAUGUAGGAGGGAGGAUGGAGAUUAAAUGGGGCUUAAGAUUCAGGUUGAACUGGGCCAUCUGAAACAACCACCAGAUAGUUGCUAAGCAAUUUACGACAUAGCAGCUUAAUUAUGCCACUGAACAGAGACGGUGCUUGUUAAAAUAUUUAGAAAGUGUUAAAAUAUCUGCAAGAUAAGCAGCACUGAGAUUCUCCUAUAUGCUGAUGAAACGGAACAUAUGGUUAUAAUGAUCAUUAGUGUAUUUGGUGUCUUUCUAAGGUGAAAGAGAACAGGAAACUGCGUUCAUUAAAGACACUUAAAUUGACUGUUACAGCAGUGGCAUGUCAAUUACACAAAAGUAAUUUUUCUAGACAUUACCCCAUGGAAGUGCAAGUGCAGAUGUCCAGCAGAGUCAGAUCAAAACCAGCCAGUUCCCCAGUACACUCUCACAAGAGCUUGAUGUAUAGCACCUCUGAGAAUAGAGGAGCUAACUGACCUGUGAAUUCACAGCGAGUGAGUGGGCAUGAUUUGUCUGCUUUUUGCAUGCUCUAUCCUGAUAACUCUCCUUACCCAAAAUAAACCGGGUAUUUCCAUUUGUGAGAAUGCAUCUGAACCUGACCAUCUCAUAUUAUGCUUUAUGUGUGAGAAAGGCAUCUGGUUAGUGCGCUGACCAGAUUCUAAUAAUAGUGAGUUAGGAGUAAUGACUUGUUGUCGUCAUGCCCUUAAUGUCAAAUUCCUUCAGUAAAAGUGGCUAUUAGAAAAUCUAAUCAUAUUGUCAAAGUCUGCUUAGAUAGGACUAGAUAGAUGUGAACAAAAUGUAAUUAGAAGCACAAAUCAAAUUAAACAUACACAGCUUUUUUUCCCCUGCUCAACUUUUUCCGUAGUUGCUUUUUCACCUAUAAGUUAUGUAUUUCAUCACCCAGCAGCAGAAGGUGGAAGUUUCUGAUAUUACAGUUGUACUGUAAAAACAGUAAAUGUAUGUAUCCCGAAAUGAUGUAACACUAAGCAGAACUGUGGUAAACCUUGUUAUAAAUAUGUCCAGCUAUGUAUGAAAUCUCAUAUAUAGUUUAUAAUUUUCACUACUGGAGGUCAUUUGUUCUGUGUUAGUGUGGAUGGUAGUGCCAGCUUUUCAGUGGCAAGUAGUUCUUGUCCUAAAGGGGUUACAGUAACUUUACCUUAAGACCCAAAGAUACAAAUUGGUUUUCACAUGAAACAUACCAUACGAUGCACUGCACUUACACUGAAAAUGUAGCUAGUAGGCUUUGAUCUGCUAAUUGAUGUUUGUGCUUUGGUUAAAUGUCCCUUAUAAGCUGCAAUGGAAAAUUAUACAAAUAUGGGCCUACUGAAGUCGGCAAGUUGUUUUAUCUGUCAACUGUUCUAUUUUUUUAGUAUGAUAAACUGACUGUUUUCCAUAAGCCUUGAUUAUACUCCUUUGUGGAUAUAAACACAGACAGCUGGAGACAGUACAGCCGAAUAGUCAUUCUUGUUAUACUUAUCUGAAGUUUGCCGCCUGGGGCGCGUGCGUACUUGGUGUAUUGUAAUGUAAAGUCUCCAAAUUAGUCUGUGUGGGUCACAAAACAUGGCAGGCAUGUGGAUAGCCACAUGAAUCCUCAACCUCACUGUCUGCUGAAAAAUUUGACAUAAUUUGGACCCAAGUGGACCCACAUCGAAAGUAUAAUCAAGGCCUUAGAGGGUUGAUAGCUCUUUGCUCAUACAAGUAAGUCAUGUUUUCCUGGGAUGUAGACAUUACUAGUAUAUAAUCCAGUCUUGUAAACACCAUAACUGUUCAAAUGUUCAUACACUAGAAAGAAAAAACUGGCUUACUGUAUGUAUUGUACUAUGUAAAGUAAAAUUUAGACACUCAAUUACUAUAA